AGUGUGAGCUGGCGGCCAUGGAGGGGAUGACCGCCUGUAUGACCUACUACCCCCGAGCCUGCGGGUCCCUCAGGGACAAACUGGGAGCCUACUUCCUCUCCAAAAUGGACAGUGCAAACAAGAAAACACAGGAGAUGGCCUGUCUGUGUUACGGUCACCUGCCGUGUCUGGGGGGUCUGUUGGACAGAGGGGUGGGUGCUGGGAGAGCGGAGGGCUGGACCAAUCAGAUUCACUGUCUGCUGGCCUCAGCCAAUGGCCUGCUGGCUCAGAUCUACCAGGGUUCAGAAACAGAUGGGACGGUACAAUAUGAAGGUCCGGGGUUGGAGUUGUCCUUUCCUCAUCUCGACCAAUCGGAUCCCCUGCUGCUGCUGCAGCUCCAGCACAGAUACACAGCCGUCUGUCUGGCACUCAAACACACACUCAGGGUGGAUCCAGCCUCAGCGGUCCGUCUGCCUGUCAGACCAAUACUCAACCUGGUGUGCCGAGUCCUCGCUGUUAGCUCUAAAAGCAUAAAUUUAACAGGAGAUGGAAGUGUGAGGUUGCUGGUCUUACCCAUCAUACACACCAACACACUGGAGGUCUUAUCGGCUCUAAUCACAGCUGUGCGUAGCGGCAUGGUUCAGUACGCUGCUGUGUUGCAGAGGCUGUUUUCUCAGACCCUGUCAGCCUGGACGCCUCUACCUGAAGCCAGUCUGGGCCAGCAGAGAUCCUACAGCUCAGUGCGGGUUACAGUGUACAGGACCUUAGAGCUGUGGGUGCAAGUGGCCGGAGCCUCUGCUAGCAUCCUUCAGGGAAGCCCCGCCCACUCAGAGCUCCUCUUUAGUCACCUGCUCAGUGACAUCACACCAGGGGCGGAGUCUGUCAAGCUCCGGGCGGGUCUUUCUGCAGAUGCAGUUCCUGGAGGGAAGCCGGGCCCCCGGAGGACAAAGCAGUUAGUCAUGGCAGACACAGUGGGGCCGUCGCUGCAGAGGAAAGGAGACCUGCUGGCCAAUCAGGACACCUGCCUGUCAGCCCUCAGAGCUCUGAGGCAAAUCAUCCUGACCAGUGGCACCCUGCUCAAAGAUGACAUACACAAGCGUCUCCAUGACGUCGUGCUGCCGCUGUGCGUGCGUCUUCAGCAGCAACAGUCCAGCAGCAGCAUUUCUUGUGAAUCAGCAGGGGGCGUCAGUGGGCAGUACAGCAGCGCGCUCUCUAGAGGAGAGCUGUACAG